AUGGCGGCGGCGGGAGGCGGCAGCGGCGAGGGGGGCGCGGGCCUGGGCGGCGCGGCGGGGUCGGGGCCGGGGCCCUCCGCCGGUGCCAGCGAGGACCCUGCCCGGGGCCCCGCGCCCAGCGCGCUGCACCCCGAGGAGGUCGCCGCGCGGCUGCAGCGGAUGCGCCGGGAGCUGAGCAACCGCAGGAAAAUCCUGGUGAAAAACCUGCCCCAGGACAGCAGCUGCCAGGAAGUUCAUGAUUUAUUACAAGACUAUGAGUUAAAGUAUUGUUAUGUGGACAGAAAUAAGAGAACAGCUUUUGUUACCUUACUGAAUGGGGAACAAGCCCAGAAUGCCAUUCAGAUGUUCCAUCAAUAUUCUUUUCGAGGAAAGGACUUAAUUGUUCAGCUCCAGCCAACAGAUGCUUUGCUGUGUAUUACCAACUUACCCACUUCUUUUACAUUAGAAGAGUUUGAAGAACUUGUUCGUGCUUAUGGAAAUAUCGAGAGAUGUUUUCUAGUCUACAGUGAGGUUACUGGCCAUUCCAAAGGCUAUGGAUUUGUGGAAUACAUGAAAAAGGACUUUGCUGCAAAGGCUAGAUUGGAGUUAUUGGGUAAACAAUUGGGAGCAUCAGCUCUGUUUGCACAAUGGAUGGAUGUUAAUCUAUUGGCUGCAGAGCUAAUUCAUUCUAAGUGCCUUUGUAUAGAUAAACUCCCUAGUGACUACAGGGAUUCAGAGGAGCUGUUGCAAUUUUUUUCCAGUAUACAUAAACCUGUGUUUUGCCAGCUUGCACAGGAUGAAGGUAGUUAUGUUGGCGGCUUUGCAGUGGUGGAAUAUAACACUGCAGAGCAUGCUGAAGAGGUUCAGCAAGCCGCUGAUGGUAUGACGAUCAAGGGAAGCAAAGUCCACGUUUCCUUCUGUGCCCCAGGAGCACCUGGGCGAAGUACAUUAGCAGCAUUGAUAGCAGCUCAACGUGUGAUGCACAGUAAUCAAAAAGGCUUACUUCCAGAGCCAAAUCCUGUACAAAUUAUGAAAAGUUUGAACAACCCUGCCCUGUUACAAGUCCUUCUACAACCCCAGCUUUGUGGACGAGCUGUUAAACCAGCAGUUCUUGGAACACCUCACAGCUUGCCACAUCUGAUGAAUCCAUCCAUCUCCCCUGCAUUUUUACAUCUGAAUAAAGCACAUCAGAGCACAGUUAUGGGUAAUACUUCUAAUUUAUUCCUUCAGAAUCUUUCUCACGUACCAUUGGCACAGCAACAAUUAAUGAAGUUUGAGAAUAUUCCUAAUAAUAAACCGGGCUUACUUGGAGAUCCCCCAGCCAUGAUACUUCAAACCACAGUAGGGAUGGGGUCAGCACUUCCUUUGAAAACAGAGUUGGGUCAUCAUGGAGAAGCACAUAAAACAUCUAAUCUGAUUCCAACUCAAACAACUAUAACAGCUGGAAUGGGCAUGUUACCAUUCUUUCCAAAUCAGCACAUUGCUGGACAAGCUGGGCCAGGGCACGGGAAUACUCAGGAGAAACAGCCAGCCUCGGUGGGGAAGGCAGAAGGAAAUUUCUCAGGGUCACAAGCUUAUCUUCAGAGCUUUCCAAACCUUACUGCAGGAGGCUUGCUGACAGGACACCAUAAGCAACAGCAGAGUCAGCCAAGAGGCUCGGAGAUAAGUUCAGGGGCUGCUUCUAAGAAUCAGACUUCACUAUUGGGAGAACCACCAAAAGAAAUACGGCUCAGUAAAAAUCCAUACUUGAACUUGGCAAGUGUGUUGCCCAGUGUGUGCUUAUCAUCCCCUGCAAGUAAAACCACUCUACAGAAGACUGGAAUUGCAAGCAACAUUCUGGAUGCAAUCUCUCAGGGAAAUGAAUCACAACACACAUUGGAAAAGUGCAUUUCUUAUUCUCAACCUUUUGGUGAUUAUGCACAGGUGUCCUCUUUAAGAAAUGAAAAACGAGGUUCAUCAUCUCUCCUCUCUGCCCCAGAAGGCGCUUCCGUGGAAUUUGUUGGCCAGCAUCCUCAGAGCACAGGAGCAUAUUACAUGGAAACCUACUUAAAAAAGAAGCGUGUAUACUGA